GUUUCAAUCGUUUUUUUUUCUUGCUUCAAUCCAUUUCAUCUCUUGUUGUGUACGAAUUAAUUACAAUCAAGCAAACAAACAAACAACAAAAAAAAACUUAUUUUGAAAGUGAAGCAAAAAAAAAAAAAAAAAAUGGAAACAGCUCAACAAUGUCGAUUUGAAAUGGCAUCCAAAAUGAAAAUUAUCGAUUUGGAUACGAAAAAAGCAAAGAGUAUGGAAAUGGGUCCUGAAAUUUCUUCAGCACCGAUUCAUGGUUAUAUUCCACCAGAUAAAAUAAGUGAAUGUAAAUGGUCAUUAAAUAUGAAUAAAAUUGACCCACAAUCAAAUCCACAUUAUCAUCGUGAACAUCGUGAAAAGCCAAAAAUUAUGGAUACUAUCUUGGAACAUAUUGGUGAUACACCAUUAGUACGUUUAGAUCGUAUUCGUGAAUAUUUUAAAAUUAAAUGUGAAUUAUUGGCCAAAUGUGAAUUUUUCAAUCCUGGUGGUUCAGUUAAAGAUCGUAUUGGUUGGCGUAUGAUACAGGAUGCUGAACAUGAUGGUAAACUAAAACCAGGUUAUACGAUUAUUGAACCAACAUCCGGUAAUACUGGAAUCGGUUUAGCAUUAGCAUCAGCUAUUCGUGGUUAUCAUUGUAUUAUUGUGAUGCCGGAAAAAAUGAGUAAUGAAAAAGUGAAUGUUUUACGUGCAUUGGGGGCGGAAAUCAUUCGAACACCAAAUAGCGCCAGAUUUGAUGCACCAAACAGCCAUAUUUGUGUGGCACAAAAACUUCAAAAACAACUGAAGAAUGCAAUUAUAUUGGAUCAAUAUCGUAAUCCAAGUAAUCCAUUGGCUCAUUAUGAUAAUACUGGUGAAAUAUUGGAACAAACCGAUCAUAAAGUGGAUAUGGUUGUAAUGGGUGCUGGAACAGGCGGUACAGUUACCGGUGUGGCUCGUCGUAUCAAAGAAAUGAUACCAACAUGUCAAAUAGUUGGUGUAGAUCCAAUCGGAUCGAUUCUAGCUGAACCUGAUCAUUUAAAUGAAACGAAUGUUACAUUCUAUGAAGUGGAAGGUAUUGGCUAUGAUUUUAUACCAACCGUAUUGGAUCGAUCAGUUAUUGAUCAAUGGAUUAAAGUGGAUGAUCGUGAAAGUUUACGUUUAGCCAGAAUGUUAAUUCGUAUGGAAGGUUUAUUAUGUGGUGGAUCAUCUGGUACAGCAUUAGCCGGUGCAUUACGAGCGGCUAAAUCAUUGAAUGAACAACAACGUUGUGUUGUCGUAUUACCGGAUGGUGUUCGUAAUUAUAUGACGAAAUUUUUAGAUGAUGAUUGGCUUGAAGAACGUAAUAUUGAUCUACCAAUAGAACUUCGACCAAAACAGCCAGCUAAAUGGUUUUAUAAUAAAAUCGUUAAAGAAUUGAUUGGAGGUGUUAAUGUUAAAACCAUUGAUGAAACAGCUAAAUGUUUAGAAGCAAUAAAUAUAAUGAAAAUGAAUGGAUUCGAUCAAUUACCAGUGGUGGAUAAUAAUGAUGGAAUAAAUAAAAAACAAUUAAUUGGCAUGGUAACUGUUAUGGAUAUAAUGGCUAGAUUAGCAGCCGGUACAAUCAAUAGUUUAGAUUGUCCAGUAUCAAAAGUGGUACAAAAACAAUUUCCUGUUAUGCGUUCAAAUGAAACUAUUGGACGUUUAAUACAUUUAUUACGACGUCAUCCAUAUGUAGCUAUUGUUGUUGAAUCACAACAUCAACAUGAAUCAAUCAAUCGACAAAUGAUUGCAGCUAUUAUAACACAUAUUGAUAUAUUGAAUUAUUUGGCUAAAUUGGAUCAAUCAAAUUAGCCAUGUUGCUGCUGUUGCUGCUGAUGCUGCUGAAUAACUACCGACGACAAACAAAAUUUAAAAUAAUUUUUUUCUGUUUUGUUUUGUUUUGUUUUUCAUUUCCAGGUACCAAACAAAUAAUAAUGAAAUCAUAAUAAUCAUGAAAUAAUAAUAAAAAAGCUACUCUAUCAAUCUGAUCGAUCUA